CAGGUUCCGCAUGCCAGACUGCUGGCGGCUGCGAUCGCCACCAACUUCCCUUUGCGUCAGCUGAAACUUCUAAUUCAGCUCUAUCGUGCUCCCCGCAUUCUUGAUCUAGAUGGCAGAGCGUCGGAGUUCAUACACACGCUGCAGGCCGUUAUCCCAGGUUGUCACUUCGCCACGCUCAUGCUGCAGCUGGUUCUGUUGCCCGCAGCAAAAAGGUCAGCCCCCAGGGAGCAGCAUAUCUUCGCAGUGUCGUCUCAGGCGGUCAGUGGCCUCAGCAGCGCCAGCAUGACGCCAAUCUCUCGGAACAGUCUUUUUGUUUAG